AUGGGACUAAAGCCUGAAAUCCUCAUUUUCCGGAAGUUUGUUGCACUCAACGCGCGCAUCUUGCUGUACAUGCAAGCGGAGCUUGCCAGCCUCGAGAAAACGCUACAACAGGUGGAAAGAAGCGACCGCGAAGACAAGGAAGAAGCGAACAGACAAGAUGCGGCGCUAAUACAGCAGCACAAGCUACACCAAAUACCCGAGCCUGAUCGCUUCGAUCUCAACGACGUCUACUGUCUAAUACACAGCGACGCCAUGGAUGGCGGAGGACUGGGAGGCGAUGACCGGGAAAUCUGGGGCUUGCCUGAUGAUUCGGAGAUGUACGCCCCCGAUCUAAUUGGUGUCUGCCCACGCGAGCCAGCAGACCCAUUCUCUCGCUGGGUCUCAGAAAAUGCCAUAUAUCUCUUCAGAUGCGGUCUCGGGCGUCUGAAGAAGCCCGACAAGCAUCACGGCCGCCGGGUUUACUACGACACCACAGUUUUGAGAGUUACGUCGUGGAUAACAUCCAUACUAGCAUCGCUGCUACCGAUUGCGUCAAUCCUGAUACUCCUACAUCUGGAUUCGUUGAAGAUGAAGCUUUGGGUGAUCGGCGUAUUCAACGUACUGCUGAGUGUCUGCUUGAGAACGUUGACUGAAGCCAAACGCGCUGAAUUGUUCGCUGUGACUGCCGCGUAA